AACGCGCAAAAAAAUUAAAAUCCAUACGGAAUUCCAUAUGUCUUUCGCAUUCGCAUUUCUUCUCCGUACCGUCUCCGUCUACCAAAUUCACGAAUAGACGUUAAUUUUUUACUUCGAAAUUUUUCUCACAGUGGCUUCCAUGUGGAAGUAUCAUAGCCGGUCCUUACUCGAAAAAAACCUUAAAAAGUACAAUUGCAAUCGACUUAAAUUACAUUAAAUAAUCUUCAAACCCAACGCAACACAAGUGAUUAUCGAGUGAUCUAAAAAAUCAUUCAAUUAAUUUCCAAUAACCAAGUGCAAAUCAAAUCGAAGAAUUUAGAAAGAACAAAAUCCAAAUCCACAAAAGCAAAAAUGAAUAUGCAAGUGAACCUGCAACUCAUACAGAUUUUGGAGAAAACUAUUUCACCUGACAAAAAUGAACUACUAUCGGCAAAGAACUUCCUGGAACAGGCGGCCGAAACAAAUCUGCCCGAAUUCCUGAAGGCAUUGUCAGAUGUGCUUGUUAAUGUAAGCAACAGUGCUGUAGCGCGUAUGGCAGCUGGUCUGCAAUUGAAAAAUCACCUAACCAGCAAGGAUAAGGCAACCAAUGUGCAGUAUCAAGAGCGAUGGCUUCAGUUUCCUGAGGAAACACGAGAAUAUAUUAAAAAGAAUAUUCUUUGUUCCUUGGGUACAGAAAAUACUCGGCCAUCAAGUGCAGCGCAGUGUGUUGCCUAUGUUGCCGUUACGGAGCUUGCUAAUGGUCGAUGGGGAAUACUCAUAAGUACUUUGGUGGGUAAAGUUGUUACCGAAGGAUCCAGCGAAACGGAUAGAGAAGCAGCGCUUGAAGCAAUUGGUUACAUAUGCCAAGACAUCCAACCCGGAGUACUUGAACAUCAGGCAAAUCAAAUUCUCACAGCUAUCAUUCAUGGAAUGCGUAAGCAAGAACCAAGCAAUCAUGUUCGUUUAGCUGCCACCACAGCCCUGCUCAAUUCUUUGGAAUUCACAAAAGCCAACUUCGAAAAGGACACCGAACGCAAUUUCAUCAUGGAAGUUGUGUGCGAAGCAACACAAUCCCAAGACACACAAAUCUGUGUUGCUGCCAUGCAAUGUCUCGUUAAGAUUCUCUCGCUUUACUAUCAAUACAUGGAACCGUACAUGGGACAGGCAUUGUUCCCAAUUACCCUAGAAGCUAUGAAAUCCGAACACGAUCAGAUCGCAUUGCAGGGCAUUGAAUUCUGGUCGAACGUAUGCGAUGAAGAAGUUGAUUUGGCGAUAGAGUCUCAGGAGGCUAUCGAUGCUGGUAAGACCCCAACACGAGUCUCGAAACAUUAUGCACGAGGUGCUUUGCAAUACCUGACACCUGUACUGAUGGAAAAAUUGACAAAACAAGACGAAUGCGACGACGAAGAUAACUGGAGUCCAUCGAAGGCAGCUAGUGUUUGUUUGAUAUUGCUGGCGACGUGUUGUGAGGAUGAGAUUGUUCCUCAUGUGCUUCCAUUCAUUAAGGAGAAUAUCGAGUCACCAAAUUGGAGGCUUCGAGAUGCUGCUGUAAUGACCUUCGGUUCGAUAUUGAGUGGUGUUGAAACGAACACCUUGAAGACCCUGGUGGAACAGGCUAUGCCAACGCUCAUCCGGUUGAUGUACGACUCGAGUGUCAUUGUGAGAGAUACCACUGCAUGGACUUUUGGAAGGAUUUGCGAUAUUAUCCCUGAAUCAGCUAUCAACGAGAAAUACUUGAAUACCCUUCUGGAAUGCUUUAUCAAGGGUCUUAAAGCUGAGCCACGUGUUGCAACAAAUGUGUGCUGGGCUUUCAUUGGACUCUCCGAUGCCGCUUAUGAGGCAGCUGAGACAGCCGACGGAGAGACCCCACAAACCUACUGUCUAUCGCCAUACUUUGAGUACAUCAUUACUCAAUUGUUGGAGACAACUGACCGAGCAGACAGUGCCCAAGCUAAUUUGCGUGCCGCAGCCUAUGAGGCUCUCAUGGACAUGAUCAAGAAUUCCCCCGUGGAUUGUUACUUUAUUGUCCAGAAAACAACCAUCGUCAUCUUGGAGCGUCUGAAUCAAGUCCUGCAGAUGGAAGCCCAUCUCUCGAACCAAAAUGACCGUAGCCACUUCAAUGACAUCCAAUCCCUGCUGUGUGCAACCCUGCAAUCGGUUCUGCGUAAGGUUCGCGAAGAAGACGCCCCUAAGAUCUCUGACGCUAUAAUGACAGCAAUUUUGACCAUGUUCAGUUCGUCGUCGAGCAAAGUUGGUGGAGUUCAGGAAGACGCGUACAUUGCCGUGUCGACUUUGGCCGAGUUGCUGGGUCUUAAAUUCCUCAAGUACAUGGAAGCCUUCAAGCCAUAUCUGUUUAUGGGUCUGAAGAACUACCAAGAAUAUCAAGUAUGUUGCGCUGCUGUCGGUCUGACCGGAGACAUAUGUCGAGCUCUCAAAGCCCAUGUCACACCAUUCUGUGACGAAAUCAUGUCAACUCUGUGUGACAAUCUAAGUCAGCCCACAUUGCAUCGGUCUGUUAAGCCACAAAUCUUGUCGGUGUUUGGAGAUAUGGCACUCAGCAUCGGUACUGAUUUCGUUAAAUACCUGCCCGUUGUUUUGGAAAUGUUACUUCAUGCGUCUCGUGUCCAAGUCGAUCAGAAUAGCUACGAUAUGCUCGAGUAUUUGAAUGAAUUGCGAGAGAGUGUUUUGGAAGCGUACACUGGAAUAUUGCAAGGCUUGAAGGGUGCCGACCAUAAACCCAAUCCAGAAGUGCGACACAUGCAAUCACAUAUUGGCCAUAUUAUUUCCUUCAUCAAAGCCAUUGCCCAAGAGGGUGAUAUGUCCGAUUCGAUUGUGGCAAUUUCUGCUGGUCUCAUUGGUGAUCUGUGUACGGCAUUCGGACCGCAAUUGUAUCCUCUGUUGGAGGAUAUGACUAUCAAUCAAUUCCUUGCCGAUGGCAAACGUUGCAAGGCGUCCCGCACAAAAUCACUUUGCAGUUGGGCGACCAAGGAGAUUAAGAAACUGCGUGACGUCCCGCCGGCCGAGUAAUCAUUUGUAAAUUGAUUUUUCAGAAUUUAAAAAAGAAAAUAUUUUAGAAAAAAAAAAACAAACAAUUUUGAAUGCAUUAUUAUUACACAAAAACAAACAAAACAACUCACAAAUGCAUCUCUCAAACACACCAUUUGAUUUAAUCCUUCCCCAAAAAAUCAAACAAACAAACAUCUUAGAAAAACAAAUUGAUUAAAAAAAAGAUACAAAAAUGGAAGCAACAGUGUGUAUUUCGAUUACUUGUACAACAUCUUAUAUUCGUCAUAAGAUCGACGAUAUGUUAGGUUUAUUUUUAUCAUUAUUAAUUUUUUUUUCACAUAGUUGUAAUUAUUAUAAUUGUUUAAUUAUUAUUUAUAUACAUAUUUUGUUUCUUUUUAAAUUUAAACAACCGAAAAGAAAAACAAAAAUUGAAAAUAUUUUUUUUCCCAAAAGUCCUUCCUCCUCUUCAACUCUUCCCCCGUCCCCUAGAAAAAAAAGAACAACAAAUUAAAUAGAAUGUUAAUUCAAAUUUUCUCUCUAAAUUAUAUAACAAAUUACCUAAUCCAUAAUAAUUAGAUAACAACAACAACAAACAUUGUAAAAUUAACUAUUUACCCCUUUUUUUAAAAAAACGAAAAGCCAAAAAGAAUAAUCCGAAAGCUUCGAAAGCUAAAAUUUAAUUUUUGUUUCCUUUUUUUGAUUUAAGCUUAACUACAGAAAGAAAAAAAAACGAUAAAACAAAAACCAUAAAUCUUAGAACGAAACACAAAAUAAAAAAAAAAACAAAAACUUAUAUAUUUAAUCAUAAUUAAAUUUUUAAGCAAAAUUUUAAGAUAAAUAAUAAUUAAUAUGAACACCUUUUGUGUGAAUGUUAUUAUCGUGCGAAUUUACCUCGUGUCUCUUUUCAUUUGUUUGUUUAAUUGAUUUUAUUUUAAUAAUGAAUUUCUUUUUCUUUGAAAUAAUUAUUAUUAUGAUUUUGAUGAUGAUGUUGGAGCGUAUGGGUGGUAAAAUUUUGUUUAAAACUUUUUCUUUCUUUUUAUUUCACUCUUAAACAUUCUUAGGUCGAUUGUUUGAUGAUGAUUUUUGAGUUUUGUUUAAUUUUAAGUGUGUGUUUUUAAAAGGUUAUGCGCUAUGUUGCUUUUGACAAAAAACAAAAAAUUACCAAAAUGUAUAAUAUCAUUUUUUCCAUAUAUAUAUAUAUAAAGAACAACAACAAAAAAGUUAAUGUGGUUUACAAAACUAUAACAAAAAUAAAAUUAAUAUGAAUGUGAGACUGAUUCUUUACAAUUUUUCGUAUGCAAAUUUAAGCGUAUUUGUGAUGUAUGAAUGGAUGUGUGUGUGUGUGUGUUUUAUUGAAUAAAUGUGUGCAUGAGUGUGUGUAUGACUUUAUUUCAUUUUUUGAGUAGCAGUGAAUGAGAGUGUUAAGUUUAGUUGUUGAAUAUUUUGUUAGGUUUUCGAUUUAUUAAAGAAACUUACAGAAAUUUAUUAUAGAAUUCUAUUUAGUGUGUAUUUUCUGUCGGGAUGGAAAUGAUUCCUUUAAAUUUAAUAAAAGAUUAGUAGUCGGCUUCCAUAUCUACAGUUUUUAAAAGAGCCUUUUCAACUGUAAAGUAAAACCUACGAAACUCAAACUUAUGUAGAUAUAUCCUCUCGCUUAUUUUUGAAGUGUCAGAAUAAAAUGGACAGUUUUUCAAAUUUAUAUUAAUAUAUUAUUGCAGUCAACACAAAAAUUAUGAAUAAAAUAUUCCUUGAAAUGUAUCGCUUCUGAUAAAGCUCCUAAGGGGUUAGUCGCUCAUUUCAAUAGCACAAUCUCACAAUCAACAAAACCGAAGAAUAAGG